AUGAAAUUUGUAUAAAAGACAGAAAGGUUUUGUAUCAGCUCGUAAAAAAGUGUUCGAAAAGUAAUCAAGAUGUCAGUUUUGCCAAUAUUAUUCCUUGCAAUGGUUUCUUUAGAUGGUGCAUAUUCUCUUAAAUGCUAUACUUGCAAGGGAGUCAAAGAAUGCGAAUCUCCAUCUGAAGUUACUUGUUCAGACAAUCAGGUUUACUGUAUAGCUCUUAAUGUUCGUCAAGAUAACGCUGAAGACUUUAUUUAUAUGGAUUGUGCAAAUGAAAGUAUUGGAAAUAAUAUUUGUCAGGAUCUUGAAAAUGACCAAUGUUACACUUGCCAAGAGGAUUCAUGUAAUGAAAACCUCCCUGAAUAGGAUUAACACAGAGUAAAAUGUAAAACUACUGAUAAAUUUUAUUGUUCUAAAAACUCAUUUUGUUUAUGUAAAAUGAUAGGAAACAUAUAUUUUGUCUCACAGUCUCGUCUUCAAUUUUUUUUCUACCAAAUGUGUUUUUAAUUUUUCGGUACAUUUAUCACAAUCAUGUUAAAUACUCGUAUAAUUUUUUUUGGAAUCUAAAUUAAAAAACGUGAGGAAUA